GUAUCGGAAAUUGCUAUUCUGGCCUAAACUAUAUAGCAUACUUUCUUAUUUGGCCCGGAGGCGGGUUUGACCGUCAAAUUAGACGGUCAACUCGGUUGACCGUUAGUCAAAGUCCACCUCACUUGCCACGUCAGCUAUCAAGGAAUAAAAAAUUAUUAUUUUUUGAAUUUUUUAGUUUUGUUUACUUUCUAAAAUUAAAUAAAAAUAAUUUGGGGAGCUUUUUUAAUUAGUUUUUUUGUUAAUUAUUUUUAUUAUUAGAAAGUAAAAAAAAUUCAAAAUUCAAAAUUAAUUUUUUAUUCCCUAAUAGCUGAUGUGGCAAGUGAGGUGGACAUUGACUAACGGUCAACUCGGUCAAACCCGAGCUCCGAGACAAAUAAGAAAGUAUGCUACAUAGUUUAGGCCAGAAUAGCAAUUUUUGAUACCACGAGCCAAAGUAGAAAGUUUGUCUAUAGUUCGGGCCAAACUAAGGUAUUAAUCCUAUUAGUUAGUAUAUACUAACAACUUAUGCAGUUAGCAGAAUAACUAGGCUAAAAAAUAAAGGGUAAAAGUGACAUUUCAUCCAAAAAGUAAUAUAACUUGUUUAAAUACAAAAAUAACUAUCACAGAAACCAAACGAUGUAAACUACAAUACACCAAUUUUCUUAUAUACAUACAUAUUAUUAUACAUGCAUUGAUGACAAUGCAUCAAUUUAACUAUCAUCAAAACCAAACGAUACCUAUAUGAUUUAUUAGUUAUUAUCUAAUCAUGAAGCUUAAGCCCAAAUUUAUGGUCCUAAUUCCUAUCCUAAUCCUGAUUGACCGUUGAAUUAUUGAAGCUAAAAAUCCGGCGGAAACAAUCUUGACAUCCUAUCCCAUUCGUUCUCCGCUGCCGCUUCCCCUUCGCCGGCGGUAAUAGCUCGCCACCGCCACCUACCAUCCGGCGCUAAAAACAAACAAGGUAAUUCUCAAAUUCCACCACUACGCAAAAGUUAUCUGCUUUUUUUAUCAGUUUCCAUUCCUGCCUAAUUAAUUCGUUUCCUUUUUAAUCAGUGAAAUUAUAUAAUCGGAGUUCACUCCAUUUCCGGACCAAAAACUGUAACACGUUGGACUAAACCCUAAAAGUUUCCAGCUUUCCGCCGAUGGCGUCGUCUACUCGCCUCUCCCAGCCGCCGGCUUUCUCCAAAACCCUGCUUCACCCUCUCGCUCGCGACCCAUUCCCCAAAAUCACUUCUUUACCACUGAGAUUCAAUCGACAGUUCCCCCGCCAUUCCCUUUCUCUUCGCGCGGUCAUUUCCCAAAACCCUGCCAAAACCUCUUCGCCGCAGACCAAUCAGUUUGAGCACUGUUUCAGUAAAUCGUCUGAUGGGUUCCUCCAGUGUGAGAACGUCAAGGUCCAGGAUAUUAUGGAGAGUGUCGAGAGGAGGCCGUUCUAUUUGUACAGCAAGCCUCAGAUUACUAGGAAUGUGGAGGCAUACAAGGAUGCUCUGCAGGGAUUGAAUUCGAUUAUUGGGUAUGCUAUUAAGGCCAACAAUAACUUGAAGAUCUUGGAGCAUUUGAGGUCGUUGGGUUGUGGGGCUGUUCUGGUUAGUGGGAAUGAGCUGAGAUUGGCUCUCAGGGCUGGAUUUGAUCCUACCAAAUGUAUAUUUAAUGGAAAUGGAAAGCUGUUGGACGAUUUGGUAUUGGCUGCUCAAGAAGGUGUCUUUGUGAAUAUAGACAGUGAAUUUGAUUUGGAAAAUAUUGUGGCAGCUUCUAGCAUUGCCGGCAAGAAGGUUAAUGUCUUGCUUAGAAUCAACCCUGACGUGGACCCUCAGGUACAUGCAUAUGUUGCCACUGGGAACAAGAACUCAAAGUUUGGCAUCAGAAAUGAGAAGCUGCAAUGGUUUCUGGAUGCUGUUAAGGCACACCCAGAUGAGCUUAAGCUUGUUGGCGCUCACUGCCAUCUCGGGUCAACAAUUACCAAGGUGGACAUAUUUAGGGAUGCUGCCGUUCUGAUGGUCAACUACAUUGAUGAAAUUCGUGCUCAAGGAUUUGAAGUCGAUUACCUAAAUAUUGGAGGUGGGUUGGGCAUAGAUUACUAUCACUCCGGCGCUGUCCUGCCCAAGCCGAUGAAUCUCAUUGACACUGUUCGCGAAUUGGUGCUGUCAAGGAAUCUCAAUCUCAUAAUUGAACCAGGGAGAUCCCUCAUUGCCAACACCUGUUGCUUGGUAAAUAGGGUAACAGGCGUCAAGACAAAUGGAACCAAGAAUUUCGUUGUGAUAGAUGGCAGCAUGGCGGAGCUCAUCCGUCCUAGUCUCUAUGAUGCUUAUCAGCACAUCGAGCUAGUGUCUCCUCCACCACCUAAUGCAGAGGUGUCAACCUUUGAUGUCGUCGGUCCAGUGUGUGAGUCGGCUGAUUUUCUUGGGAAGGAGAGGGAACUUCCUACACCAGCCAAGGGAGCCGGGCUGGUUGUUCAUGAUGCGGGAGCUUAUUGCAUGAGCAUGGCAUCAACUUAUAAUCUCAAGAUGCGGCCUCCAGAAUACUGGGUGGAGGAAGAUGGAUCAGUAGCCAAGAUCCGACACUCAGAGACAUUCGAAGACCAUAUGCGAUUCUUCGAUGGCCUGUAAUCUGGAUCGAGCUUCAUAAUAUCAUGGAAAUGGACCUAUGAGAUGUAUUCGUCGCUUGUAACCUUCGCAUUACAUAGAACAAUUGCAAGUUUAGUGAUGUAAACCAUUUGUGUUUUUAUUUGGUCUCUGAACGAAUCUGGGGCAGAAAUAAAAAGGCAAUGCUCUGCAUUAGUACUUGCAUUUCAGACCUGCUUCCCUGCAAAACCCAAGAAUUUGAUCAUUUGGGUAUCCCUGCGGUUUUGCUAGAGGAUCAGCCAUUGCUAAACCCGUAAACUCCAAGUAAAGGUCGAACUUUGGGGUCAACAGCACAUCAUGUAUGAAACAAAUUAACCAGCAUUAG